AACAAUUUCUCGGAUUCUGCUUCAAAAGAGAAAAUCUAGGCAGGUCAGAUCAAAUAAUCUGGCUGGAUCUCCUCAACCUAUCCAUUGGUUUCCAUCAGUAUUUGUAUUUUUAUCAUUUGUAUUUUUAUCAUUUGUAUCAGUAUAUUUUAUCAGGAUUUGUAUCCUUUCAAACCGUACAACUUUUAUCUGAAACAUUUUUCCGAGAUAUUCGGCCUAUUUGAAAUUUUUCACUCUGUAUAUACCUACAUAUAUGUAUACAUAAUUAUUAUUAAAGUAAAGUCUCAAUUUGCAGUAAGAGAGGUUACUAACAGAAACAUAAACGCAUUGCAAACGUUUAAGGAAAUCAAGCACGAAUUCAAACAUAUCAAAAGUAUGAUAAAAGUAGUAAAAAUUGCAAUUCCCAGGUAUAUGUUGAUGAAAGCUUACUAUUACAUGAUACAAUUGCAAAAAAGGACUGCAAUAAAAAUGUUACAGAAAACGAAGAAGUUAUGUAUAAAAGUAGAUAAUAAAAUGAUUUAUGCAUGGGCAAAUCAUUGUCAGCAGGAUUGGCUAGAUGCCGUAUCUUUUAUACACAAGGAUUUGUGGAUAGAAAGAGCUAGGGAGCUACGUGAAGAUUGGGAUGAAGUAAAUGCCAAUGAUUCAAAGAUGAUUCCUUAUACAUUUCCAUUACCAAAAUAUAUGUUAUGAAUAUCUAUAAUUUUAAUUUAAAUAUACAG